CCGCCACUUUCUCGCUAGUCGCUCUUCGCUCAGUCCAUCUCCCUCGGCCGCUCCCGCCGAUCGGUGCGCCGCCGAGCUCCCGGAGAUGUUGUGGGUCGACAAGUACCGCCCGAAGGCGCUGGACCAGGUGAUCGUCCACGAAGAUGUCGCUCAGAAUCUCAAGAAGCUGGUGUCGGAGCAGGAUUGUCCCCAUUUGCUCUUCUACGGCCCCUCUGGCUCCGGCAAGAAAACCCUAAUCAUGGCCCUGCUGAGGCAGAUGUUCGGGUCCAGCUCCGAGAAGGUCAGGGUGGAGAAUAAGACUUGGAAAGUUGAUGCCGGAACAAGAACUAUUGACAUAGAGUUGACCACAUUAUCAAGUACCCAUCAUGUUGAAAUGAAUCCGAGUGAUGCAGGCUUUCAGGACCGAUACAUUGUUCAGGAGAUUAUUAAAGAAAUGGCCAAAAACAGACCAAUAGACACAAAAGGGAAAAAGGGAUUCAAAGUUCUGGUGCUUAAUGAGGUUGACAAACUCUCAAGAGAAGCACAACAUUCUCUAAGGAGGACGAUGGAGAAGUAUAGUUCAUCAUGCCGACUGAUCCUUUGCUGCAACAGCUCAUCAAAAGUUACAGAAGCCAUUCGUUCUCGCUGUCUGAAUAUACGAAUAAAUGCACCACGAGAAGAUCAGAUUGUUAAGGUGUUAGAAUUUAUUGCGAAAAAGGAAGGUCUGCAACUUCCUGCUGGAUUUGCCGCUCGCAUUGCAGAAAAAUCAAAUCGCAGUUUAAGAAGAGCGAUACUUUCCUUUGAGACGUGUCGAGUACAGCAGUACCCUUUCACCAUUAACCAAGCAAUAUCUCCGAUGGAUUGGGAGGAGUAUAUUUCUGAGAUAGUAUCUGACAUUAUGAAGGAACAAAGCCCGAAAAGGCUAUUCCAGAUUAGAGGGAAACUUUAUGAGCUGCUUAUCAACUGCAUUCCUCCAGAAAUCAUUCUGAAGAGGUUGCUGCAUGAGCUACUGAGAAAACUAGAUGCAGAAUUAAAGCAUGAGGUCUGCCACUGGGCAGCCUACUAUGAACAUAGGAUGAGGCUAGGGCAGAAGGCGAUAUUCCAUCUUGAAGCAUUUAUAGCCAAGUUCAUGAGCAUAUAUAAAGCUUUUCUGAUUGCAACUUUUGGUUGAGGAUGCGUCAAGGGUGCUUGGGUUCUGCAACAGUGGGUUCUGCUAUUGAACAGAGGGGAGACAGGUGUAAAUUGAAUUUGGCUUUAUGGGGUUUACUCCAGAGUUUGGCAAACAAUUGCCAGGAUGCAGAGUCGUGAUGGAGAUAGGUGCAAAUUUAAGUUCUCGGGAGCCCCUGCUCUCUUGUUUAAGGUUUCUCUUUUUGAUCAUUUUCUGAUCUUUUUGACUAGUUCAAACUUGUGUGGAAAUCUCUAUGAUCAUCUUAUCUUCCUUGUCUUAUUGAUAAA